CUGACGGUGUUGUCAGUUUCAGAAAACUUUCAGGCAGAGGUGAUGGCGGCCGCGGUGUCCGUUAGCGCAGCUGGCAGAGAAGAAAAUCCAAAUGCAGGGCCCAAUUUCGCUAGCAGUCCACUUCACGAAAACUAUGACCCCGCUGUCGAACACGACCAUUGGGUGUCCAGGGAUCCCGAACUCGAGCCCAGUGAUGGGGGUGCAUCAUCGGACAACGAGUGUCAGCGAAGGGUCGAUGAAGAGUUGACGACGCUUAGCCCUGAAGAGAUUGAGAGGCGCUUGGAAAGAACUCGUCGAGAGUUUUACAAUCGCCGGAAAAUCAUAAUUAAAAACCUGCCAUCCGAUGUUAGCAAUCAGGAGGUACAUGAGCUGUUGCGCAGCUAUGACUUGAAGUACUGCUUUGUGGACAAAUACAAGGGAACCGCUUUUGUCACACUGCUCCAUGGGGAGCAGGCACAAUGUGCCAUCAAAGAGUUCCACCAGCACAUGCUGCGGGAGAGGGAGAUCUCUGUGCAGCUGCAGCCCACCGACGCGCUGCUGUGCAUCGCCAACCUGCCCCAUGCUUUCUCCCAGCAGCAGUUUGAGGAGCUGGUGAGACCCUUCGGCAACCUAGAGCGCUGCUUCCUGGUCCACAGCGCCUCCACUGGCCACUCCAAGGGCUACGGCUUCGUGGAGUACAUGAAGAAGGACUCUGCGGCUAGGGCUAAGUCUGAGCUGCUGGGGAAGCAGCUGGGCUCCAGGAUGCUGUACGUCCACUGGACUGAGGUGGGCUCCCUCACCUACCCCCUGCUGCACUCCAGGUGUCUCUGUGUGGACCGUCUGCCCCCCAGCCUGCUGACCGCCCAGGACCUCAGCAAUGCCCUGGCCGACACGCACGCACCCAUCUUCUGCCAGUUGGCUCAGGGCCAGGAUGACAGUUUCCGGCGGUUUGCCAUGUUGGAGUUCUCCUCGGCAGAGAUGGCUGAGCAGGUGCAGAGAGAGGCUGACGGCAGGGCGCUAGGUGGGACCCACAUCCGCGUCUCCUUCUGUGCCCCUGGACCCCCGGGACGGAGCAUGCUGGCUGCCCUCAUCGCUGCCCAGACCAUGGCCCUGAACCGAGGUAAAGGUCUCCUCCCUGAGCCCACAGCCAUGCAGAUCCUCACAGGCCUCAGUAACCCUGCCACCCUCAAGAUGCUGCUCAACCCCCUCACCCAGGGCAGGAAACAAGGUCUCCUUGGUGCUGCUCCCACCAUGCCUCUGCUGGCUAACCCCGCCCUCUCUGCUGCUCUGCUCCAGCUCCUCCUCCAGAACCAGGCCCAAGUUCAACAGGCAGGACUGAUGGGGGACACCCUUCUGGCUGCUAUGCCUCUCCAGCAGGGAGUCCAUCUGCUGGGAGACCAGCCUCAAGGCGGUGUGGUUCCAUCCCUGGGCCUCCAGUCAGACCCUAUGGCUCCCUUAAACCCCCACUCUAUGGGUCACCCCCUGGGCAGAGAGUCCCCUACCAGCUUCUCCCAGAACCCCUCCCCCACUCUCCAGGGCAUGUCCAUCUCCCACCUGGGUGGUGUGAUGGGGGCAGAGGGGCUUAUAGCACCUGGGGUGUCCAUACUAGGACACCCUCCCAAUGAUGGGAAUCUUCCCCAGAACCCCUUCAAUGUCCACAGCCUGUUCCCAUCCCCAGGCGCCAACUGCAGGCCCCACCCUUACAGGAAGAGACCAGCGCUAGGCAACUCAUCCAACCUGCGCACACAGAACAUCCACUGUAACUACAGGCUGCGCUACCAGGAGUCCUACACCCCAGACUACACCCCAAUACACCAGGAUCCUCUGGGCCAUCUGUAUGAACAGCAGGAGGCUCUGGACACUGGAGCUCUGGCAGGGUUCGGACAGCAGUGGUUUGGUCACCCCGGCUACAGUGAGCAGGCCUCCUCCCGCUAUAGUUACCCCCCCAGCCCGCCCUCGUCUUCCUACUACAGCUCAGUGGCACCUGGCCCCGGCAGCCUCCCCUCCAGCCAUCUCAACAAGGCUGUGGGCAUGCCUCCUGUGAGCCACUCGAACAUGUACCCAUCUGGUCUGGGGAUGAAGACUCCCAUUGGUGGUCACAAGCGUCUGAUCCCGUCUCCAGAGCCCAGCCCAGAAGGGGGCUACGUGGGUCAACACUCCCAGGGCCUUGGGGGCCACUAUGCUGACUCCUACCUGAAACGCAAGCGUAUCUUCUAAUGGAAACCAAUCAACGCUUCUUGUACGAGAUGCCAGUUAACAGCCAGGAGAUGCCCCCCCCUGGAGCUCCUCCAAUCAGCUUUUAGGUUUGGGCUUGGCGGUCCAGUGGUCUCGCACUUGUGUUCCUGCCAGCGACCCCCUGGAGCGCGCUGGGGUUGCAGCCUGUCGCUAAUCGGGACAUAACAAUGUGUGCCAGUGUAUUGGAGUUUUGAUGUUUUUUUUUUUGUAAAUAUAUGAUUUCAGUGCUUGUAAAUGAAGUUUUAUCCUUUAUGUCUUUUUUUCUAUCAGGAAAUCCCUUUGUUUACACACUGGGAGUUACCUUGUACUAUAAGAAAAGAAUUAACAUCUGAUUUCAGGUAUUUUUUUUCUUCUGCGUAUUCCCUUCAUUGAUUGGCUAAGCACUUUUUAUUUUAAUUUUUAUAUUGUAUUAGUUUUUUCUUCCUGUUGUGAUGGUGUCAACGGGUUUCUAUUUUAAAAAGUUUUGCCUCCCGAUAUUUUUGUAUAUAGUUCAUUAGUUUGUUUGAUGGGAUGUUUUAAUUUUUUUGCGCGCCUUCCUCCUACAGGGAUUAUGUACCGAAUGUCUGGACAGUAUUCAGGCCUUUACUUGGAUUCACGUAGAUCUGUGUAGCAGUACUGCCUUUCUGUCUUUUGUCCUUUGGAAAAACUGUCCCCUUACACAACUAGUCUGGAAUAUGCUGUUUUCAACCCUUCACUCUUCUACCCCUCUGUCUCAUUUGGGAGCCUGUUCUCUGCACUGAAUGUUUGUUGUUGCGCUUGGAGGACACGGGCAGAUCACAAUUCUCCAGGUUUGUUGAAUUUCUACGGUUCUCACUCGUUUCCCCCCCCAUUCUGUUCUCUGCAGAAUCUUGUAUAUUCUGUGUUGACGUGAGCUCUUUGUCGGCUGAGUAUUUGCAUCUCAACCACCAUGGCACCUGAUUUACUCUUGUUCGUUCGGAGGGGAUGGUAGCUGUGCCUUAUCCAGACUUUAAUAUCUACAGAUUAUGACAGUAAGCUGGGACAUCUGUGGCCUCUGUCCACCCAGAGCCUAAACAUUAAUUAACUGUACUAUCAUUUAUUAAUGAGCCAUGGCUAGGUUGGCUCCCCUGUGGCUGUCCCUCCCCUGUAGACCAGCAGGGGGUGCUGUUGAUCCUCAGGCUAUACUGAAAUUAAAUCAAGAUUGACAGUUUCAUACUGAUGGCUGACAAACUGAAACGGGUAGAAUUUCCAUCCAGUUUUCCAGUCCAGGAGAAGUUGACUUCCAAUCUGAAGUGUUAAUACGAUGGGAGUGUCCAAUGACUCUAAACAGGUGUUUACUAGGUCGGCCUUGGAAGGUUUGCAUGGAAAUUAAGCUUAUGAUUGGUGAUCAGUGAUUGAGUUCUUAGUCUGUGAAGAAUAAUCUGGUUGACAUUUUGAUUAUGAUCACAUUACCUCUUGACUUCUGAUGGGAACUGCAAUUACACUUGAGCCUUAACAGUCCCCCCCCCUCUGUCAUCUCAUCUUCCCCUCUGUGGGCUUUCUGGCGACAUCCCGUUGUUUUUGCCGUGUACAUACUUUAAAGCUUGAUCAUUUCCUCUGAGUCCUAAACUCUUGUUUUCUCAAUCAUAUCUUUGGCCUCUGGUCUGUUUUAAGAUUGAAACUGCUGCUCAAUAUAUAUUUUUUUUAGUGACCAUUACCAAGUGCAGCCACCUGUCUGGUAGAUUUCCCCAUGUUUUGUAUAGACCAACAGGUGCUGCUCGAUGAUAUGAAUUAAGAUUGCUUUUGUUUUUCCUCAUACAUGCUGUCUGUCAUCUGUACUGCCAUAUGUGUCUGUUUUGGCGCAAGUAAAUGUUAUUUAAUUAAA